AUGACGCGCAAAGCUAGUUUGCGCUGGCUCGUCGCGUGCCCGUCGCCUUCGCUCCGCCCGUCGCCUUCACUUCUCCCCCGUCGCCUUCACUUCUCCCUCGUCGCCUUCACUCCCCCCCCUCUUCCGUUGCCUUCAUUUCCCCCUCCCGUCGCCUUCACUUUCCCCUCCCGUCGCCUUCACUUCCCCCUCCCGUCGCCUUCAAUUCCCCCUCCCGUCGCCUUCAUUUCCCCCUCCCGUCGCCUUCAUUUCCCCCUCCCGUCGCCUUCAUUUCCCCCUCCCGUCGCCUUCACUUCCCCCUCUCGUCGCCUUCACUUCCCCUCCCGUCGCCUUCAUUUCCCCCUCCCGUCGCCUUCAUUUCCCCCUCCCGUCGCCCUCACUUCCCCCUCCCGUCGCCUUCACUUCUCCCUCCCGUCGCCUUCAAUUCCCCCUCCCGUCGCCUUCAUUUCCCCCUCCCGUCGCCUUCAUUUCCCCCUCCCGUCGCCUUCAUUUCCCCCUCCCGUCGCCUUCAUUUCCCCCUCCCGUCGCCUUCACUUCCCCCUCUCGUCGCCUUCACUUCCCCUCCCGUUGCCUUCAUUUCCCCCUCCUGUCGCCUUCAUUACCCCCUCCCAUCGCCUUCACUUCCCCCUCCCGUCGCCUUCACUUCUCCCUCCCGUCGCCUUCAAUUCCCCCUCCCGUCGCCUUCAUUUCCCCCUCCCGUCGCCUUCAUUUCCCCCUCCCGUCGCCUUCAUUUCCCCCUCCCGUCGCCUUCACUUCCCCUCCCGUCGCCUUCAUUUCCCCCUCCCGUCGCCUUCAUUUCCCCCUCCCGUCGCCCUCACUUCCCCCUCCCGUCGCCUUCACUUCUCCCCCCCGAUGCCUUCGAUUCCCCCUCCCGUCGCCUUCCACGCCUGCCACACUCGCUUUCCCCCCGUCACACUCGCUUCCCACCUGCUCACUCGCUUCCCCCCUGCUCACUCUCUUCCCCCCUGCUCACUCGCUUCCCCCCUCCUCAAUCUCUUCCCCCCUGCUCACUCUCUUCCCACUCUCUUCCCCCCUGCUCACUCUCUUCCCCCCUGCUCACUCGCUUCCCCCCUCCUCAAUCUCUUUCCCCCUGCUCACUCGCUUCCCCCCUCCUCAUUCUCUUUCCCUCUGCUCACUCCCCUUGUUCUAACCCCACUUUCCCCAUUUCUCACCCAUUUUCCCCCUUCACGCUCUCUUACCCCCUCUGCUCGCCCCUGUUUUCCCGACUCACGCCUAUACUCACUCUCUCCCCCCCUGCUCACUCUCUUCCCCCCCUGCUUACUCUCUUUCCCCUUGCUCACUCUCUUUCCCCCCUUCUCACUCUCUUUCCCCCUUCACGCUCUCUUUCCCUCCCUUCCGCCCGUUGCCCCCCUUCGUCUCGCGCUCGUCCCCUCGCAAUCCCCGUCUCUCUCUCCCCCCGUCGCCCUCGUUUUCCCCGUCGCCCUCCCUUCCACUCCUCGUUGCCCUCGCCAUCCCUCCCUUCUCCCUUCCCAUCUCGCACACUUGUCACGCCCCCUUUCCAACCCGCACAUACACCCUUCCCUUCUUCCCUGUUUCCUCGUAUCCCCUGCGCUGCUUCCCCCCAUCCUCCGACUUGCUCCCCCCAUCCCCUUCACUGCUUCCCCCCAACCCCUUCCCUGCUCCCCCCCAUCCCCUUCCCUGCUUUCCCCCUUCCCCUUCCCUGCUUCCCCCCGUCCCCUUCCCUCCUUCCCCCGUCCCCCUCCCAGCAUCCCCCCAUCCGCUUCUUGGUCACCCCCAUCCCCUUCCCUGCUCCCCCCCAUCCCCUUCCCUGCUUCCCCCUAUCUCCUUCCCUGCUUCCCCCUAUCGCCUUCCCUGCUCACCCCUGCUCCCUCUGUUUCACCCUUGCUCCCUCUGUUUCACCCUUGCUCCCUCCCCUUCUUCUCUGCUCACUCUCUUCCCCCUUGCUCACUCUCUUUACUUCUGCUCACUCUGUUCCCCCCUGCUUCCUCUCUUCCCCUCUGUUCAAUCUGUCCCCCGCUGCUUCUUCUCUUCCCCUCUGAUCAUUCCGUUUACUGUCUUUCCCCCUUCACUCACCCCCAUACCCCCCAAUGCAGUUACAGGGAGGAAGUGAUGAUGGGAGGAAGGGAGGUAGGGAGGACGCUUGGGGGAGAAGCAGAAGGGAGGGGAGGAAGAGAGGUUGGGGAGGAGGGUGGGGAGGAGGGUGGGGAGGAGGGUGGGGAGGAGGGUGAGGAGGAGGGUGGGGAGGAGGGUGGGGAGGAGGGUGGGGAGGAGGGUGGGGAGGAGGCUGGGGAGGAGGGUGGGGAGGAGGCUGGAGAGGAGGGUGGGGAGGAGGGUGGGGAGGAGGGUGGGGAGGAGGGUGGGGAGGAGGGUGGGGAGGAGGCUGGGGAGGAGGCUGGGGAGGAGGCUGGGGAGGAGGGUGGGGAGGAGGUUGGAGAGGAGGGUGGGGAGGAGGGUGGGGAGGAGGGUGGGGAGGAGGGUGGGGAGGAGGGUGGGGAGGAAGGUGGGGAGGAGGGUGGGGAGGAGGGUGGGGAGGAGGGUGGGGAGGAGGCUGGGGAGGAGGGUGGGGAGGAGGCUGGAGAGGAGGGUGGGGAGGAGGCUGGGGAGGAGGCUGGGGUGGGGCGGAAUGGGGUGGGGCAGAAAGGGGUGGGGCGGAAUGGAGUGGGGCAGAAAGGGGUGGGGCGGAAUGGGGUGGGGCGGGGCGGAAUGGGGUGA